CUGGCAGUUUCGAGGAAGCGAAAAUAGGAACGUAGAAAAAGGGGUCAUUUAAUCAAAAAUCAAAUCAAAACACGAAAACCCAAAAUUCAAUUCAGUUCAAAGGAAAACGGGUUUGUUCCUUCUUCCACCCCAACUCUCACAUCACACACCCGUUUUCCUUUUCUCCUUUUCACCAAAGCAAGGGUUUUCUGUUCACCCUUUUAUUUUCACGCCAUUCAGAUUCACGGGAUUAUGUUCAUUGGGGCACACGACUCCUUGUCUUUCGGUGUAAAUUCCUCUUCAUUGUUGUGAUCGAAAAGGGUCGCUUUGCUCGUUCUUGUCUGCUGUUGAUGUCUCUUAUUGUUGCUGAAGGGGAUUGGCUUGUGAUUCUGGACACACCCAAUUCCUUGCCAUUGCAAUACGCCCACUUGUCUUUCGCCAAACGCAGAUGGGAUAAGGAGUUUUCUGAGCUCCAGAGUGGAUAGCCUUAAUCUGAUUCAUAACAAUUCAAUUCUUAUUAUUUUCUUUUUACUUUUGGAAUCAAUGGAUUCUUCACAAGGGUCUACCAUUGCUGGUUUCGUGGACAAUGCAUCCAUUCAGAGGAAACAGUCUAGUUUUGAUGGCGUUCCUGUGUAUGUCAAGGAACUAAUUGCCGGAGGCUUUGCUGGUGCGCUUUCUAAGACCGCUGUUGCACCUCUCGAACGAGUCAAGAUACUUUGGCAGACAAGGACACCUGGAUUUCAUUCUCUUGGGGUGUAUGAAUCUAUGAAUAAAUUAGUCAAGAGGGAAGGUUUUCAAGGAUUAUAUAAGGGAAAUGGAGCUGGUGUUAUCCGCAUUGUUCCGUAUGCAGCCUUGCAUUUUAUGACAUAUGAGCGCUACAAAAGUUGGAUCUUGAAUAAUUAUCCAGUGUUAGGUUCGGGUCCUUGUAUUGAUCUUUUAGCAGGCUCUGCUGCAGGGGGAACUUCAGUUUUGUGUACCUACCCGUUGGAUCUUGCUCGUACCAAACUUGCUUACCAGGUGGUGGAUACAAGAGGAGAUAUCAAAGAUGGUAUAAGAGGAGUUCAACCUACACAUAAUGGCAUUAAAGGUGUGCUUACAAGUGUCUAUAAGGAAGGCGGAGCCCGUGGACUUUAUAGGGGUGCAGGACCAACCCUUACUGGAAUUCUUCCAUAUGCUGGUUUAAAGUUCUACAUGUAUGAGAAACUGAAGACUAACCUUCCAGAAGAACAUCAAAAGUCCAUUGUGAUGCGUCUUUCUUGUGGAGCUCUAGCUGGACUGUUUGGGCAGACUUUAACAUACCCUUUAGAUGUUGUCAAGAGACAGAUGCAGGUUGGCAGCCUGCAGAAUGCUAGUCAUGAGAAUGUCAGAUAUAAAAAUACCAUUGAUGGACUUAGGACGAUUGUUCGUACUCAAGGAUGGAGGCAGCUGUUUCAUGGCGUAAGCAUUAACUAUAUAAGGAUUGUUCCUUCAGCAGCAAUUAGUUUCACCACAUACGACAUGACGAAGUCUUGGCUUGGCAUACCACCUCAGCAGCAAAAGUCUCGAUCAGUUUCGGCAGCAUGAUUUCUCAAUGCUCACCCUUAACGACAACAAGUUACGAUGUUACCUUCUUAUGGAACUAAUUUUACAGGAAUAUAUCUAACUGAGUAUUACUACAUAUUCACAGAUAUACCCUUGUGAUUAAAUUAACCAGUGUCCAAGUUUGUUUGUCAUAUCUCGAGAGUUCCAUAUAGUGCUACUCAUUUUUUUCUUUAUCCUUAAGAUUUGUAUAGACUCAUACGAACUAUGGAUGCAAUACAAAGGUAGUUAUUUCCCCCCUUGAAA